CACUUCUUUCCUUGUAGCAUCCACCUCCUAAAUCAAGAGAAAAGGAAAACACCUCCCUCUCUCUGUCUCUCUUCCUUCGUCCUACCACCAAACACGUACACAUAAUAAUACAUAUAUCAAGACAACAUGCCUGUCGAUACUUCAUCACUUCCAUGCCAAGGCCAAACUGUCUGUGUCACCGGGGCUGGUGGCUUCAUUGCUUCAUGGAUUGUUAAACUUCUUCUAGAGAAAGGUUACUCUGUUAAAGGAACUGUGAGGAACCCAGCUGAUCCCAAGAAUUCCCAUUUGAGGGAGCUUGAAGGAGCUCAAGAAAGAUUAACUUUAUGCAAGGCUGAUCUCCUUGAUUAUGAGUCUCUUAAAGAGGCUAUUCAAGGGUGUGAUGGAGUUUUCCAUACUGCUUCUCCUGUCACAGACGAUCCAGAGCAAAUGCUGGAGCCAGCAGUGAAUGGAACCAAGAAUGUGAUCAUGGCAGCAGCUGAGGCCAAAGUCCGACGAGUGGUUUUCACGUCUUCAAUUGGUACUGUGUACAUGGACCCCAAUAGGAGCCCUGAUGUUGUCGUUGAUGAAUCUUGCUGGAGUGAUCUUGAGUUCUGCAAGAACACCAAGAAUUGGUAUUGCUAUGGAAAGACUGUGGCGGAACAGGAUGCAUGGGAUGUGGCUAAGAAGAAUGGAGUUGACCUAGUGGUGGUGAACCCAGUGCUGGUGCUUGGACCAUUGUUGCAACCCACAGUCAAUGCUAGCAUCGUUCACAUCCUCAAGUACCUAACCGGCUCAGCCAAGACAUAUGCUAACUCUGUUCAAGCUUAUGUGCAUGUUAAGGAUGUGGCACUAGCCCACAUUUUAGUCUUCGAGACACCUUCCGCCUCCGGCCGUUACAUUUGCGCUGAGAGAAUGCUCCACCGUGGAGAGGUGGUGGAAAUCCUUGCAAAGUUCUUCCCGGAGUAUCCCAUCCCCACCAAGUGUUCAGAUGAGAAGAACCCAAGAAAACAACCCCACAAGUUCACAAACCAGAAGAUCAAGGAUCUGGGCAAUAUCGAUUUCACCCCAGUGAAACAAUGCCUAUAUGAAACUGUUAAGAGCUUGCAGGAAAAGGGUCACCUUCCAAUCCCAAAACAAGCUCAAGACUUGUCGGUAGUCGGAAUCUCCAAAUAUUAAUUCUUUUUUUCACUAUCACCUAAACAGUAUCUAGUAGUAUGAUGCUGAUGACCCGGUCGAAUUGGGAAAUUGUAGCUAAAGCCUAUGAUGCACUGAAACUAAAAGAAGAUAGAGGGGUCUGAAUAAAACAGAAAUCAGAAAAGUAACGAGAUAUGGAAAACUUAAAAGAUAAUUACUAUUUUGUUAUCUUA